UAUACGUUGAUAUUGUUGACAACUAUCACAAAAAUAUCGAAAUAUUGUUUACACUUAAAAACAAAAACAAAAAAUACUUAUGAUCGUGAACAACCUUUUGAUCAAAACAUUGCGGGCGGCAACGCUUUCAGGCACUUACAUAUUAGCUAGAAAUAUGUCCGGGGUUGUGGAAAAUACAAUCAGAAACAAGCUACAAACUUCUUUAGGAACCAAGCACCUCGAAAUUAUCAAUGAGUCCUACAUGCACAACGUGCCGAAAGACGCGGAGACGCAUUUCAAAGUUGUUGUAGUGUCUGAUAAAUUCGAUGGAUUGCCGUUGAUAAAGCGCCAUAGACUAGUGAAUGACAUAUUAAAGGAGGAGUUGCAGACUGGUGUCCAUGCUUUGUCCAUAGUAGCAAAAACUCCAGAGCAAUGGGACAGCAGCGACAAGGUGGUUGAGAGCAGCCCUAACUGUAAAGGAGGAUUUGGAAAAUGAUUGUAUUAAUCUUCCAUAUAUAGUCAUAAUAAAUAUUGUUAAAAUAGUAUGUAGGUCGGUACGUGUAUUAUUAAAAGUCUGUAAAGAAAUAAAA